UUUUAUUUUCACGAUGGGUGGUGAUGGGCCAAACCGAAAGCCGUUAAAACAUCCGGUUUUGAGUUGUAUAUAUAUGAAAUAUGGGGACUGUACGAUCAGCAGAAGUUACCCGACAUGCUCCACCUGCUGACUUGGGCUCUACUUUUUAUACCAGCUUUUCAGGCGGCAGAGAGAGUCUGCUCUGAAAGGCCAGAUGUAACUGCCUUGAAAAAUUGUUGCAAGCUGCCCAACCUUGAUUUUUCAAGUUAUAAUUCCAAGUGCGGUCAAUAUUUGCUCAAUGGGGCUCAUAUUGCACCAUGCAGCUUUGAUUGCAUUUUCCAAGCGGCAAAUGCUAUAAACGGCACAAGUCUGGUGAUGGAAAACAUCGAAAAGAUGAUAAGACCCAUUCUGGAAUCUGAUGAGUUUCAACAGGUCUAUGUGGACGGUUUCAGGACCUGUGCUGCCCAGGAGAAGGUUAUGAUUAAGGCCCUGAAACGUCGCAGGAUGCCGGUCACCGGGAGUUGUGCCUCCAUGUCCUUGAUGUACGGCCUAUGUGCCCAUCGGUACGUCUACCGCAAUUGCCCGGAAAGUGUCUGGAGCAAAACUGCCGGGUGCAAUGAGGCCAGGGAGUACAACAUUCGUUGCGACGACUAUUAACUGGCUAGUCCAUUAAAAUGAAAUAAAUCACAAUAGUUCAGCUGC